CACCAUGGAAGCUUAGAACUCAGGGAAAUUCCGCAUUGUCCGCGCUGGGAACCCGGCUUUAAGUGAUGAACGCCUCUCGUUCCGGCCGUACGGCGACGAGGAGAAUCGGGGCGGCGGCCAAGGGAAAGAAGGAUAAGGAGCAAUCGGCGAUUCGCAAUGCACGUCAAUCGGGCACAGAUAGCCUCCAGAUCGGGGCGGACGACAGUACGUAAGCAGGAGCGGAGGGAGCAGAGGGCGGCCAUCAGCUUUCCACCUGAUCGGGGAAUGGACGGGAGGCUGGAGAGAUCACACGCAGUCGAGCUGCAGGCGCGGGCUGGGGCGAAGAAGCGAGUUGGGCGUUCUUCGGAGGGGAGGAGAAUCUUUAAGAUAGCUGGGCCUCUUCGGUCAGCUAAAUCUCCUGGCAGAUUGCGGCACUCAACCCCUGAUAGUAGGCGUCGCUAAAACGAAGGGGGAGGGGGGAAAUGAUGCCGCGGAAGGCUCG